AUACUUCACUUCAUUCAUUUUACAUCAUGUCAAAGGAUAGAGCAAUUGCUAUACCUGUUCAUCGUGAUAAUAGAACAUUUGAACAAUAUAGAAAAGAUUUUUUAAAAGAUAUAGAAAAUUUUCCAAAUCAUAGAAAUAGAAUUCUACCAUAUCAUCAUGAUGAUUGGUUCAAUGAAGUAGAUGAUUGGAUUAAAUCAUCUUGGAAAAGAUGGGAUGAUGAAAUGAAACGUAUUAGAAAUGGAAUGUUUCAGUUAAUGCCAUUGGAUAAUUUUGGUUUAAACAAAUGGGAUAUGUUUGACGAUUCAUUUGAUCCGAAUAAUUUAAUUAAAAAAAUGGAAAACUCUAUACAAGAAUUUCGUCGGGAAAUGGGUAUAAAUGAUGCACCUUUAACUGGAUCAUUAAAUGACUUCUUAAAAGAUGCCUAUGAAGUUGGUAAAGAUGGAAAGGUUUAUUUCAAAGUUAGAUUUAAUGUAAAAGGCUUUUCACCGGAAGAUAUCAAUGUCAACACUACAGAUAAUCGUGUGGUAGUCAGUGCUAAAAAAGUGACCGAAACUGGUACAUCAAAGAGUUCACGUCAAUUCUGCCGUAUGAUUGACUUACCACAAUCAAUUGAACAAACAAAAUUAGAAUGUCAUUUAACAGACGAUGGAGUUUUAUUAUUAGAAGCUCCAGUAAAAUCAAAUAAUCAUAAAUCAGUUACAUUUAAUGAUCAACGUCAACUUGCCAUUCGACCUGCAUCAAAUAGUCAUACUGGAAAUGUAACACCAUCGAAAGCUUUGAUUGUUAAAGGUAUCAAUGGUUUAACAAUAAUUGAUGAAGGUUUCAAAGGUAAACGACUUCAUGUUGAAAUACCAAUUGAUCCAAUGUAUAAAUCUGAUGAUAUAUGUGUUCAUGUUGAUUCUAAUCGUUUAGUAGUAUCUGGUCGACAUUCAAAAUAUGAUAGCCGUAGUCCACGUUGGACAAACAAUAAUCCAUCUGCUGAAUUUUCACAUUCAUACGAUAUUCCGCAUAGAGUUGAUCCAUUAUCAGUCACUUCACAAAUGGUUGGCAACACAUUGGUAGUUGAAGCUCCAAUAAUGAGAUCUUAUUAAUAUUUUCUUUUGUGAAAAAAAAACAUGUAGAAGAAUCUCAAUGUCAAUUUGAAAUCUUAAUGUCUGUUGUUUAUUCACUGUCUACAAGAAUGUUACACUUUAAAUUAGACAUAUAUAAAUUUUUGAUAUUUUACUAACCGUUGAAAUGUGUUCUUAUUUAUUUAUUCAUUUGAAAACAUUGAAUUGUAAUAAUUUUUGUCAUGAUUGGUGUUUAUACUUUUUUUAAGUAGUGCUAAUUGUAAAUAACAACAAAUUAAUAGAUUAUUUUGUUUUGA